CCCCCUUUCAUCCCCCUCCCCUCCAUCAAUAACCUCCGUGAUAUCGGCGGCCUUCCCAUUUCCUCCUCUUCCACCACCCCCCUCACCGUCCGCCGCGGCCUCGUCUACCGCGCCGCCAACACCACCACCCUCGACGCCGCCGGUGUCGCCAAACUCCAAUCGCUCGGCCUCGGCGUCAUCUUCGACCUGCGCGCCGUGCCGGAGAUCGAGCGCACCGGCGGCGUGGAGGAGCUGGAGCGCUUGCUGGCGGCGACAGGGGGCGUGGUGGAGCGGCGGUGGACGCCGGUGUUCGAGGAGCAGGAUUAUGGGCCGGAGACGAUCGCGUUGCGGUUUAAGAAUUAUGCAUUUAAUGGGACGGAGGGCUUCGCCAUUGCGUAUGCCGCCAUCCUGAAAAACGGCGCCCCGUCGUUCCACCGCAUCCUCACGCACUUCGCGCGUCCGGAUGCCCGCGCCAUCCUGGUGCACUGCUCGGCGGGCAAGGACCGGACGGGGGUGUUCAGUGCGGUGCUGCUGUCGGCGCUGGGGGUAUCAGACGACGAUGUGGCGGACGAGUACGCGCUGACGGAGGUGGGGUUGGCGGAGGCGAAGCCGACGUUCAUCGCGCGGUUGAUGGAGCAUGAGGUGUUCCAGGUGCCGAAUGGGAGGGAGGGGGCGGAGAAUAUGACGACGAGCAGGUAUGAAAACAUGCUCGCGACCCUCGACUUGCUCCGCCGCGAAUAUGGCAGCGCGGAGAAAUAUCUCCUGGACUUCGUGAAGCUCCCGCGGGCCGACCUCGAGGCGAUUCGACGGAAGAUGAUU